AUGAACGCCGCCGCCGCCUCCGCCUCUGCUCCGGACGCUGCCGCCGCCACUGGCGAGGAGGGCGCGAAGGAGGUGGUGGACGUCCUGGUCCAAUACGUGGUGCUGCGGCGCGACCUGGCGGACGCGUGGCCGCUGGGGAGCGUCGUGGCGCAGGGCUGCCACGCCGCCGUGGCUGCCGUGUGGGUGCACCGGGACCACCCGGACACCGCCGCCUACUGCGCGCCCGACAACCUCGACCGAAUGCACAAGGCAUGUUCGACGUUUUGCCUCAUACGAUCUCCAGUAACACUGGAGGUGAAAGGAGAGACACAGCUAAAGAACCUGUCCGAGAAACUGGAAGCAGCUGGUGUCCGGCACAAGCUGUGGAUAGAGCAGCCUGAGAACAUCCCAACAUGCAUAGCCACAGCACCCUGCCCAAAGUCACAGGUUUCUUCAUUCUUCAAGAAGCUCAAGCUUUGCAAAUAA